CGUCGCACCGGUUUUGUACUAUGAACCUGGAAUGUCCAUAGGGGUGCUGAUCAAAUGAGGAAUAUUCGACCACAAGACAAGACAGUCACAUGGCACAGAACUCAGAGAAAUAUUUUAACUUAUUUCCAAACUCUAAAUAUGACACAGACUUCCCAUAUUUCAGGAGACCAACUGAAAUCGGCUCCUUUUCCCAGGAUAGCACAAGACAGUUCGUUUCAAGUAGACAGCAGAUGAAAUAUUAUAUACCUCCAGAGGAUCCCAAUGAUGUUUGUUUUGAUCUUAAAAUUGGAUACAAAGAUUAUAUCAGGAAAGAUGAAUCCAAACCAGACCUGUUAGAUGACUUGUUGAGAUGGAUUAUCAGUAACCCUUCCGUAUUUGCAGUAAAAUCUGACAAAACCAAAGAACAGACAGAAAACAAUAUUCCUCAAGGCAUCAAUACAGAUUUUGUGUGCUGGCGAGGCUUGCUGACCAGAUUGCUAUGUACACCGUCCCAGACCUCUGAGGGCUGGAAAAUAGCCAUCAUACGAUUCCGAGAUACUUUUUUUCUUUGUGAGUUUGAUACAAAGAAAAAUGCAGAGUUUAAGAAAAACAGGACUGGAAAACAAGAUGAGAUGUGUUAUUGGGGAUGGAAAUUUGAGCAGUAUGUGACAGCUGGUACACAGAAUGGCACUCCAGACACUAACACUCUUGUCAACACCAAUGAGGGUUACUGUACUGUUGUGCGCUCAAGGCUGAAUUCUCACUCCUUAGUGUAUGGCGGUGAAGUGGAUGCAGCAAUUUCUGAAGCAGGUCCAGGCAAGCCUUACCAGUAUGUGGAGUUUAAAACUAACAUGGAGAUUGAGACUCAGAAACAGGAUUUCAGCUUCAGGAGGUACAAGCUGAUUAAGUGGUGGGCCCAGAGUUUUCUGGUUGGUAUUACGCAAAUUGUUGCUGGCUUCCGUGAUCGGGAUGGGAUAGUUCACAGACUAGAGAACUUCAACACAUUAGACAUUCCUAGCAUUGCCAAGAAUCUAAGAGAUCCGUGGAAACCCAAUGUAUGCUUCAAUUUUCUGGAUCAGUUCCUCACUUUCAUCAAGCAAACAAUUGUCACCAAUAAUCACAGUGUUGUCCAUCUCUUGGAAUGGGAACCAGGUUGUGACGUUAGGUGCCAGAGACUGGAGCCAAACUCCCAGUAUGCAUUUUUACCUGAGUGGUUUAUCAAUCCUUCCAAUGAAGUGUGAGACUGCAGGAUUCUUCCCCAUCAUGUAACUUAAUGACUUAAAUCAAGAGUGCUCAAACAGUUUGUUGACAUAAACUUAACUUUCAUUCAGGUCAAAGGUCAUAGUAUGUUUGGUUUUGUCUUAUUUUGUUUAACUUCUAACAGCUAAGGUCAUUAAAGGAUGUGCCUCCAUAUGUGUUGUGUAUGUGUGCUUGUGCGCGUGUGUGUGUGUGUGCAGGCCUGGGAGGCAGGGUGUUGUAGUGUGUCUCAGACCAAAGGUCAUGUACUGUGAUAAGGGUACAGCUAUGUAUGUUUCGACAGUGUUAGGCAGCUAUAUAUGGCCUUAUAAAGGUGGGAAACUUUGAAAAUGGAAGACUAAGGGAACCAGAUUGUCUUUUUUUUUUUUUUAUCUAUGCAUGCAAUGUCAAUGGUUUGAUUCGCUAGUGCAGCUGUGAUACUGUUAGUGACUUGUAUAUAUAAAUAUGUGGUACAUAUUUAGGUAUGUAACUCAAAACAAACUGAAAAGUGUACCUUUGAUAAUGCUGUUUUUCUGAUCAUUCAGCACCACAUGGAUAUUUUUUUAUAUCCAUUGCUUUAAUCGUUCUUUCUCUUUGUGGUAUAUAUGUAACAUAUUCUUUAAUAAGAGAUUUAGAUUUUUCAAGCCCCAGUCAGCCAUAAGAACCUCUAAACAGGUUAAUUUCCUGUGCAUUACUUGGUAAGUUUGUAUUGUUGACUUCAGGAUAACUCAUGGUAAAAGCAUUGCCUAUCUGUGUCAAAUUAGAUGUCUUAUAUGAUUGCAUAUAUGAAAUAAAAUGUGGAGCUGUAACAGUAAGAAAGAUGCGUUUGAAAUAUUAAACAAGUCUUGAAAAAAAACCCAUUGAAGGGAGAUAAUUCAUGUAUCUUAUUCUCUGUAAAAAAACACAUUAAAGGGAGAUAAUUAAUGUAUCUUAUUCUCUGUACGGGCAUGUUCCUUUUUGUUUCCGACUUAUAACUUAAUUUCUGACAUUGUCAACUGUUAAUUUAAAAUAUUUGCAAGUUUUUUUACGAAACUGUGCUGCAGAUAUUUCCUGAGAACAGAUUAAAGUUACAUCUCUAUAUAUAUUAAAUCCCCUUUCAAAUCUUUUUCUCUUGCUAUUUUUACCAUUUAUUUAUCAAAUCUCAAGACAAAAAUGAAUUAAUCAAGCUAUGGAUAAUGAAACGUAGUCAAUAUGACAAAAAUAGCUCUAUCAUAUGUAUUCAAUUCAGACAUUACAAUUGGCAAUCUUAUUAUGUAUACUGAUAUAAGUUGAACUUGUAUCAUUUAAUAAAACUGAUUUUCAUUUUU